AAUAGUAAUCGCUAGCUAAAUUUAGCAACACCGAGUUUUCGGUCUUUGCUAAACGUACACAAUUGUUUAUUAAUUUAAUUUUGUGUUCAAUUUUUCAUCUAAAAUCAUUAUUUGUACAAUGGAAGAUGAUUUAAUGGCUCUCUAUCCUGAUGGAGAACAGGAUUCCCAAGCUCUAUAUGACAAGAUCGUGGAAUUAAUUAACGAAGCAUCAUCUCUACAUAGCGGUGAUGAAAGAUGUGCAAACUUGAACAUGGUUCAUGACUUAUUGGUAAAUCGAUGUCCUCAAUAUUUGGAUAACUUUUUUGACGAAUUCGUUGCUUUCCAAACGGAUAAUUACAUUCUUGUAAAAAAAGGCGUUCUAAAUUUUUUAGAAGCAGCUUGCGACAAAGAUUUAGAAAUGUUGCCUAAAGUUAUAAAUCAUUUAACACUAUUGUUAGAAGACGAAGUUAACGAUGUUCGAAAAAAAGUUAUGCUUGUUCUACCUUCAGUGUAUAGCAAUUGUUUAAGGUGGAUUUUAUCUGCUAGAAGUAUCAGCACAGAAAUGGAAAAUACCUGGCAGUUCUUAAAUCAAAUGCAAAGGAAAAUAAUUGAUGAGCUAGAUUCAGUCAAUGAUGGCAUAAGGACCCACGCUGUAAAAUUUACAGAAGGCUUAUCUAUCGUUUUAUCUGAAAAAACAGAAGAUUCUAUUUUAACAAGCCGAACGGCAAAUUAUACUACUUUAGACAGUAUUCCAAAUAAUCAUUCAUUCUUAAAAUGGACAAAAUUAGAAGAUGAAGGCAAGCAAGCUUUAGAUUCUCUUCUAGGAUUCUUAGCACUAUCACACAUAUCAAGCGUAAAUCUAAUGACUUGUAUAGCAUCGUUGACAAAUAUCGCCAGACAAAGACCGCAAUUUAUGGAUAGAGUUGUAAAAGCUUUUGAAGCUCUUCACGUUAAUUUACCUCCUACACUUGCUAAAUCUCAAGUUUCCAGCGUACGCAAGGAUUUAAAGAUUCAACUUCUUUCACUGUUGAGGCACCCUUGUUCCAUAGAUUAUCAUACUCAAAUAACCACAUUGUUAUCGGGGUUGGGUGCAACGCAAACUGAAAUUGUUAAAAAUCAGCCGAAAGUCGACGAACGAAGAGGAAAAAGGAAGUUAGGUGAUGAGAAAGCAAGGCAAAUGGCCAUUGGCGAAAAGAGACCGCGUUUGGAGGCGAAUAUGGAAGAUUUAUCGGAUGAUUAUGAAAUGUCUGGCAAUGUAAAUAAAAUAUCCUUGGGAGAAGACUCAAAGUUUGACGCUGUUGAACAAUUAGCACGCGAUCUUCUACCUCGUCUUAUCCCACAGAACGUCACUGACUUAGUCUUACUAUCAAUGGUAGCUCUACCAGAUACUAUACCUCCUCACUUCCAGUCUUCGUUUACACCAAUAUCUGCUGCUGGAACACCUCAACAGAUUGAACAUGUUUCAAAACUCUUAGCUAGCCAGUUCAUUGGUGCUGGUUUAAGUAAAUAUGGCAAAGUAAGAAAAGAAAAGUCAGAGGAAGUCAAAAAUGUUGAUGAUCAAGUAGCUCCCGUAAAGCCCGCUACUUCAGCUAACGAUUCCAAAAAACCUGUAAAUCAGGAGUCUGCCGAUAAAUCUAAGUUGCAACCCAAACCACCUGUUCGCCGAGCCAAGAAAUUUAAAUUGCACGAAGUUACUGUUAAAUUAGACGAUAGUGCCAGGGAUGAAACAGCAUUGGAGGCCUUUAAACGUGUUUUAGAAACAAACAACCUGGAAAAGUUUGGUGCGAAAACAGCUAUCAAUAAAAUUAUUGUAUCUCUUGUUUGUACUUUUGGAGGAUCUAUGAAAACAACUCUAUUAGAUUAUAUACUAAAAGAUAUAAAACAACAAAGUGACUUGGCUCUUUUAUGGCUCUACCAGGAAUAUGCCAAUUUUAAAGGCUAUGGAGCUAUUAAAUCGGAUGAAGAGGACAUUGAAACAAGCAAAUAUGGUAACUUACUUACACUGUUACUCAAUCAACUACAAGAAGAAUUUGAUGCUGGAGAGUCUUUAUUUACAAGAAUUCUUCUUGAAGCUCCUCUGCUUACAAACGAAGCUACACAAGUUUUACAGCGGUUUUGUCAAGAUCCUGACCGUAUUGGUGUUGGAUUGAAUACAUUGAAAACAUUAGUUCUCUAUAGACCAAAAGCAAAUUUGCUUCACAACCUUUUGGCGUUUUCCAUGAAUCCUCAUAAUGAAAUCCGCUCGAAAGCUUUAAACAUAAUUAAAGAAUUAUUUAUCUCUAAUGAAGAAUUUCGCCAAGAAAUGGAAACCGAAGCGUUAAAAAUUACUAAUUAUUUACUUGAUGAACACCCUCCCAAAGAAGUGUUUAGUUCAGUGGUCGCCUAUACUGAAUCACCAACGUGGAAUGAGGAUUUAAUUAAAUUGUGCCUAAAUUUGUAUGCUUUGUUGCUACCGUUGAAACAUUCUCUAAUUCACGAGGUAGAGAACAUAUAUCCCAAGAUUCCAGCCGAAAUGAAACGAACAGUGUUAAGGAGCCUUGAGAUACCAAUUCGUAGUAUGGGUAUGGAUUCCCCAUACCUUCUUCAAUUUGUUGAACAAUGUCCCCAAGGCACUGAGACUCUGGUUACGCGCGUUAUUCACGUUCUAACAGAAAGGGUUGCUCCAUCCCCAGCUCUUGUUGAAAGAGUAAGGGAUUUAUAUGAAAAGAAAGUAUCAGAUGUUCGAUUUCUUGUACCUGUUCUGGCCGGUUUAAAGAGAAAAGAAGUAUUAGACGCUCUGCCAAAAUUUAUGCAACUGGCCCCUAUUGUACUAAAAGAAGUUUUUAACAGAGCUUUAGGUGCGUCUCAUGGUCAGACUGGACCCUUAAGUGCGUCGGAACUGCUUGUCGCAUUGCAUAAUAUAGAAUCUUCAAAAACCGUUGAUGUAAAAAUUGUCAUUCGAUCAAUAAGUCUCCUUCUGCAAGAAAAAGCUGUUUGCACUCAGGAAUCUAUUAUUGCUGCUCUGCAGGAAUUGGUCGAGCAAACACCUUUACCUACACUACUAAUGCGAACAGCAUUACAAGCCUUAAAUUUACAUCCGAAAUUAGCAGGAUUCACUAUGCAACUGAUGCAGAAGCUAGUACAAAAAAGUGUUUGGAAAAAUAAGCGGGUCUGGGAAGGAUUUAUCGUAUGUUGCCAAAGAACGAAACCCCAAUGCUUUGGUAUAUUACUACAGCUACCUCCUCCUCAAUUAAAAUCAAUAUUUGAAGUGGCUGGAGAGCUGAGAGAAAAAUUAUUGGAACAUGUUAAACAAUUUCCCCCACAUCAGAAAGCCAGAAUAGCCAGAGCUAUGAUGCAAGUUCUUGAAAAGGAUCCGGCAGAAGAGCAAAGGCUGGCCGAAUUGGCUAAAAAGCAAGAACAAGAACGAAUAGCUGAACAGGAGAAAAUUUAUCAGCAAAAGUUGGAAGAAGAAAGGCGAACUAAAAUAAAAGAAGAAGAAGACACAAAAGAUCAGGAAGACACACUUAGGGACAGUCAGACUGAUGAAUCAGAAAAUAUGGCUAUAAAGAUGGAGGAUGAAGAUAUAAAAGAUACUAGUUUUGAGAGUGAAGCAUCUGAAAAGGAAGAAGUAAGCGCCAUCCAAACGAUAACUGGAAGAAACUGAUUUUGUUUGUGAUUGAACGAUUAAAAAUACAAUAAAUUAAAAAUACACUAGAGAACUUUU